CGCUCGACCGUCAGUCUUAUUUCUUCCAUUCCCUUCGCCGGCGAGGACGACCGAAAAUGCUCAACUUUGAAGAUGUGGAGGAACGUGAUGGAGUUCGGCUGUCUUGGAAUGUCUGGCCUUCGUCGAGGAUAGAGGCGACCAGAACGGUGGUCCCAAUAUCUGCCCUCUACACCCCUCUCAAAAUUCGAGACGACCUACCCCCGGUUCUUUAUGAACCUGUUGCGUGUAAACCUCCAUGCAGGGCGGUUCUCAAUCCGUACUGCCAAAUAGAUAUCAGAGGAAAACUUUGGAUUUGCCCAUUCUGCCUGUCGCGGAACGCUUUUCCACCUCACUACAAGGAUAUCUCGAACACCAAUUUGCCCGCAGAGCUCCUACCCAAAUACACGACUAUCGAAUACACACUUGCUAGACCCGCUCCAGCCCCGCCUAUCUUCCUUUUUGUAGUUGAUACAUGCCUGGAUGCAGAAGAUUUGAAAGCCCUUCGAGACGCGAUUGUUAUCAGCCUCAGUCUGAUCCCACCAUACGCAUUGGUGGGCUUGAUCACCUACGGUACCAUGGCUCAAGUUCACGAAAUUGGCUACGCCGAAUGUACCAAGUCCUAUGUAUUUCGUGGCGGUAAAGAGUAUCAGCCGAAACAAAUUGCGGAUAUGCUCGGCCUCAAUGCCAGUAAUCGCGCCGCUCCCCGACCAGGCCAGCCACUCCCACCUCAGUCCUUCGGCGCUGGACGAUUCCUCAUGUCUGUUCAGCAGUGUGAGUUCCAGCUCACAGGUAUACUCGAGUCGCUUAACCGAGACCCCUGGCCUGUGGAUAGCGAUAAGCGUCCAUUAAGAUGCACCGGCGUUGCUAUGAGCGUUGCUGUUGGAUUACUUGAGACGGCGUAUCCCAAUACUGGUGCUAGAAUUAUGUUGUUUGCAGGAGGUCCGGCAACGGAAGGCCCUGGGCAGGUCGUCAGCAACGAGCUAAAAGAGCCGAUAAGAUCCCAUCACGAUAUUGAACGAGAUAGCGCGAAACACUACAAGCGUGCCAUCAAGUUCUAUGAAGGACUUGCCAAACGCACAUCCAACAACGGCCAUGUAGUGGACCUCUUCGCCGGUUGUCUGGAUCAAGUUGGCUUAUUAGAGAUGAAAUCAUUGCCCAAUUCCACCAAUGGCGUCAUCGUUUUAUCGGAUUCGUUCGCCACCUCAAUUUUCAAGCAGAGUUUCAUUCGCCUUUUCAGCAAGGAUGGGCAGGGUAAUCUACAGAUGGGUUUCAAUGCAACCUUCGAUGUUCAAACCACCAAGGAGCUCAAGGUCUCAGGUCUAAUUGGACACGCCAUCUCAGCUGGAAAGAAGUCAGCCUGCGUCGGCGAAACUGAAAUUGGUAUCGGUCAGACUUCUGCAUGGAAGAUCAAUGUGAUCACGCCUAGAACAUCAACUGGUGUUUACUUUGAAGUCGUCACUCCUGCCGGGCAGCCUCUUCAGCCUGGUUCUAGGGGUUUGAUCCAAUUCAUUACGCACUAUCAACACGCAUCUGGUCAAUUACGCCUACGAGUGACGACUAUCGCCCGUAAUUUUGCGGAAGCUGGUUCGCCGAGCAUUGCCGCAUCGUUUGACCAGGAAACGGCUGCUGUGUUGAUGGCGAGAGUAGCAGUGUUCAAGGCCGAAGUUGACGAAAGUCCUGAUGUCCUAAGAUGGGUGGAUAGGAUGUUGAUCCGUUUAUGUCAGAAGUUUGCGGAUUACAGGAAGGAAGAUCCUACCAGCUUCAGGUUGACGGAUAACUUCAGCAUUUACCCGCAAUUCAUGUUUCAUCUACGGAGGAGUCAGUUUUUGCAAGUGUUCAAUAACAGUCCGGAUGAGACGGCGUUCUACAGACACGCACUGAAUGAAGAAGACGUCAACAAUUCCCUCAUCAUGAUGCAGCCCACACUCAUGUCAUACACCUUCGAUACACCUCCUCAGCCCGUUCUUCUGGACAGUGUAUCUAUAAAGCCAGAUGUCAUCCUGCUCCUUGAUACAUUCUUCCAUAUCUUGAUCUGGAAAGGAGAGGUCAUAUCUCAGUGGGAAAAGCAAGGUUAUCAAGAUCAGGAGGGCUAUGAGAACUUCAAAGAACUUCUGGAGGCUCCGACUCAGGAUGCUCAGGAUCUCCUUGUCGACCGGUUCCCCAUUCCCCGUUACAUCGUUUGUAACCAAGGUGGAUCUCAAGCGCGUUUCUUGUUGUCGAAACUUAACCCGUCUACGACGCACAUGAGCUCGAGUAUGUAUGGCCCGAGCUCCGCCGGUGGCCAAGCUAUCUUCACAGAUGAUGUUAGCUUACAGGUGUUCAUGGAGUAUCUUAAGAGGCUGGCUGUUGGGGCACAGACCAAUUAGGACUCCUUUCAGUUGACAUAUUCUGGUAGAUUUAUUUUUUCUUCUCGUAUUUAUGUACGAUGCAGGUUUAAUUUUUACAAUCAAACAGUUGGAACAGCAGAAGUCCGCUUAUGUAAUUGCGUAGUACUUCACAGCAAUCAAUUGGUAAAAUUUCG